AUGGUAAUUAUGUCUCUUACUGAUCUUCCUGUCGAACUUGUUCAUCGAAUUUUCGAUUAUUGUGAUAUAACAACAAUACUUUCUGUUCGUAUUAUCUGCAAACAGCUAUAUCUGAUGACUAAUGUUUAUGAUCGAUAUGAACUUGAUUAUGAUUAUUCAACAGCAGAUGAAUUAUCUUUAAUUAUUCGUCUUAUACGACCUGAAAAGUUUGUCUCCCUGAUAUUGUCCAAUGAUGACAUGGAAGAUGACUGGUUUACUGAAUUGAUUUUACUUCUCGAUAUUCGUCAGUUAAGUCGACUUCGUUCAUUAACUCUUUCCGAUCUAAAUGAUGUGGAAUUGGAGUAUAUUUUACGCACGGUAAAUUCCGACUCUCUUCUUUCACUUUCAAUUCAUUUUGAUGAGAAGAAAUAUAGUGAAGUAUUUGAUAUUGUAUCAUCAACAAUUGCAAGACUCAAUGUACGAAGACUUGAUAUAAAUACUAUUGGCUACAACGAGAAACAUAUAACAUGGCCAACUGAAUGCUGUUUGAAAUACGUGAUUAUCGAUACCUGCACAUAUAAUCAUUUCAAAAUUAUGAUUCAUAGUCUACGUUAUUUAGAAAAUGUUUCUAUAAAAGAUUGCAUCAUACAUAAUAAAAACAACAGAAAUGUAUUAUUAUCUGCAUCUACAUCAUAUUCAUCAUUGAAAUCUCUAACAAUUACUGAGAGUACACUUCCUACAAAAUAUAUUCAAUCUCUACUUUCAGAAACGCCUGAUCUUCUCAAUCUAAAAAUGAUUUCACAUAAACGACAGUUUGACUCACUCUUCGAUGGUGCUCAUUGGGAAAAAUUUAUUCGAGCAAAGCUACCUUUGCUGAUUAGAUUCGAAUUUUUCUUUGAAAGUUGUCUAAGCAAAAGACAACUAGAAUAUGAUGGCAGAUACUGUUAUGAUAAACAACAUGGUGAUGAUACUCAUAUUAGUCUUAACUCAAUUAUUCUUCCAUUUCGAACGCCGUUUUGGCUCGAUGAAAAACAUUGGCUUGUUGCUUGUGAUUUUCUUCUAGGAGAUGGUGAUUUAAGAAUCUAUACAAUUCCUGCUAUUGUUGUUCAGAAGUGGAAUCCAUAUAGAUGUGAAUUAUUUCCAUCAGAUAGUGUACCUCGUCUUACUUCAAGAUCAAUAAAUGAAAUCAUCGAUACUUCUACCAAUAAGGUAUUUAGGAAAACUCUCUCUCAGAAAAAGUUCCAGAAAUUAUUUUUCUCUGAAAUACGUAUGUAG